AACCAUAAAACUGAAUUUUUAAAGCCUCAUUUCAGUCUCUACUCCGUUUCCUUGACAAAGGCUACAGUGAGCGUAAUACUUUAACGUUACAGUGAGGGUUCUCAUUUGAAUUAUGAGCUUAACAUUUGAAUGUUUCAGUGAGGGUUUUCUGAGAGGAAGACAGACGGGGAACAAAGCCAUGGAAAAGUACUCUCUAAACAGAAACUUAAUUGCAUUUUGUCAUGCAACAAGGAAUGUUUGUUUCAGCUCUUGAAAGAGUUCCGGCUGACAUAUCACAAUUCAAAUAGUAUGGGGUAUUUCAAAAUCCAUUCCGGGGCUUUUUUGCAUGAGUGACACGUAUUGCCCUUGACCUGGUUUGAAUUACAAAAGAAAAAAUCGUCCAAGCGUUACCUCUGUCAUGUCUGACAACACGCUAUUAACUGAGAUUUUAUGGCAGAAAUACUGGGAAUUCAGUAAUGAUAUCGCCAUUGUUACCGCAUUACAAUUUUGAGAAAUAUCAUUAUUUUUACGGAUUAUCAGACAUAGACACCUUUCUAGACUAGGUCUCGUUGAUUUGAGAUAGAAGUGCGACCUUAGAGACAUUAGGAAAUUAUGGUUCACAUGAAUAAUUUUUCAGUCUGUGUCCGCUGGAGUGUCUUCACUAUGAACUGCCUGGUUUGGCUUGGAGGCUCUGUGAUGCUUGGCCUUGGGAUAUGGGUAACAACACAAGACACGGAGUAUAAACACCUGGCUGGAAAUCAGAACGUAACUAUCGGCUAUAUUGUGCUGUCAUCGUUUGUAUUUAUCACUGGAUUUAUCGGAUCAUGUGGAAUUAUCCUAAUGAAAGACAACCUACUAAGAGCGUACUUUGCAUUUAUGUUAAUUUUACUCUUGGCUGAACUUGGUGUAGCUAUUUAUCUCUACGUAGAAAAAGACCAGAUACAAGAUCAUAUUGCCACAAACUGGGAUGAAACUACUGAUGAAGUUAGAAUCCUCAUUCAAGAAAAGUUUGAAUGCUGCGGUCUAUCACCAAUAAACCUCAACCAUAAGUCAAGUUCCGACAAAUCCUGUUUUGUUGAUGAUAAUCCAGGAAACAAAAGAUUGAAGGACUGCUACACAAAUCUCAUGGAUUGGAUUAAGAGGAACCAUGUUAUCUUAGCAACAUGUUCAGUUAUUGUUGCUGUUCUGCAGAUGUUGAUAUUGGGAGGAACCUGUCGGCUGAUUGCAGCAAUUGAGUCUGGUGACAGAACAGUAAGGCGAACAAGAGUAGUGCCGAUUAAUGUCCAGCCAAUAGCUGUAGCGCCAAUACAAGUGCAAAAUGUGUACCCUGACUAUUGGAGCCCUGGUUAUUUGAACCCUGGUUAUUUGAACCCUGGCCAGGGGAACUCUGGCCCCACACCACAGCCAGCUAAAGCUGAGCCUGAGGAAGUAACACAAAAUGACAGUGCUACUCCUUUGUCUGAAGAUUCUGAAGAUGGACCCAUUAGAAGCAAUAUCAAAAGAAAGGAAUGGGCAAAAAUCAAUCCAAAAUAUAACCCUGUUUUUAGCUUACUUGACCUGAAGUUAUAGUUUGACAAAAUUGUUUUUUUUCAUGGAACAAAAAGUUUUAGUUUUGGUAUACAAGUAACUCCCCAUGUGGGGCCUGAGAGUAUUUAAGGUAUAACUGUAAAUAGUCUUUCAGAAAGGAUUUAAUGAACAACUGUAAAGGGAAAUUACAUAUUUAAGUGCUUGAAUGAGCAUUGUGAGUUUCUUAGUGCAUAUAGUGCACAAGUUUAUAUUCUGUGUGAUGCCAAUGUCUUUAGUCUUUUUACCCCUGUAAGUGUCUAGCAUCUAAUUUAUCCUCACAAUAUCACUCCUGAAUCAAAAAUUGGAGCCAUGGGACUCAAGGAAAUGAUCCUUAACUAAUUAAAGAAGCUCUUGAUAGAGCUCCCCCUUUUUCGGGUAAAAAAAGGGAAUUGCAGAAGGAAGAAAGACCUGCAGGAUAAGCACCAACCCCCUCCCCCCAAGCUCAAGGUCUGGAUCCACCACUGCUUGAUUGUUUAAUAAAUUUCCUUGUAAGCACGUUAGGAAAUGUAUAGAGAACAGCAGCAGGGGGAAUAUGCUUACUGAUGUUAACCCUUUAACUCCCAUAAGUGAUAAGCAUGUAACUUCUCCUGGUAAUUUCCAUUCAUUAUCCAGCAAUUAGGUCAAGAGAAUACUCUAACAUAUCAUGUAGAAGUUGUUAUUUUGAUCUAACACUAAAUUCUCAUAACCAAUUUACAAGAAAACAUGUUGCAGUUGGAGGAGAGAAUUGACAAUCAGAUCUUGGGAGUUUAAGGGUUAAGUGUGAGCCAUUAUGAGUGAGUAAUUUAGAGCAGGAGGGAGAGAAAGUUAUACUACUAUAAUUGUCUUAUUCAGGCUGGUUUAUGCAUUGUUUAUAUACAUUAAAUCUACGUAGUUUAUUUCUCUGAAUUUCCCAUCAGCCAUAUUGAGCUAUAACAUACACAGGACCAACAAAAGAAUUCCAGUUUAUUUUAUUUUUUAAGGAAAAGGCUUAAUUUAUUGCAAGUGUGUACAGCAAGUAUCUAAAAGGCACCUACUUCUGCCCAGGUAGUUUUGAGAAAUAUUUUGUAUAUUGUGGUGUUAAAAGCAUACAAGUGAUGUACAAGGAUUAUUUUAUGUACAACAUAUAUAUCCUUAAAAAAUGUUUGUACUCUUAUAAAGAGACUCAUAUUAAAGAGGAUUCCAGAGGGGGAAUUUAAAAAAAAAACGAAUAUUGUUGAGCUAAUUAGGUAGCAUAUUAUUUUUAAGGUACAAUUUUGUAGAGAUAGGAAUGGGCAUGGCAUUUUAGCUCUAACAGAAGUUAUUAAAAAAAAAGUAGCAAAUAGAACAAUAUAUUCAUCAAGUUAACAUAGAAAACAAAUAAUUUAUUACUGUCUGCAUUUAACACUGCAUCUGCAAUUUUGAGAUUGUUUUGCCAGUCUGGAAGUAAAUACAUAUUUUAUUCAGCCUGCAAGAGUGGUAGUAUCAAAACUUGUUCUUUAUAACUUAUGACAAAAAAAACACUACACAAAGAACUAUGCCAAUAAAAGUAAACAAAAAAAAUAAUGUUGAUGGGUUUGACUCAUUUUUUUUUUCUCAUUCUACAGUUCUACUGUAAUAAACAAAAUAGCAUUGCAUUCAAAGACAGAAUAAGUAAUAAAUUUAUUUAGUCAUAAUUGGCAACACAUUUGGGAAUUAGGGCAUACGUCUUAGCAGUAAAAUACAUAUAAGUUCAUAUAAUCAAAUGAUGUACCACAAUGUCAACUGUAGAGCAUGUUGCGUAGAAAUGAUACUUCAGGCAAAUAUUGUCGGACUCCAGGGUAAUACUGCACCUGUGUUAAUCAUGAAAAAAAGAUAUAUGAUGAUAAAGUGAAGGACUGAUGUAACUAAUUGAUAAGACUUAAUAACACCAGAACAAGACAAAGAAAAAUUUUACCUCUGUUUACAGACAAAUUCAUGUCAUGAUCAAGUAGGUGUUUAAUUUUGCAUUAAUAUUAAUGGAAGGGAGAUACACACGCAUGUGUUUGUAACACUUGAUUAAUGCUGGACAGACAAGCCAUGAAUACCCUGAACAUGGGAGGGGGGAUCAGUGUGUUGCAUGUGUUGAGGUUAAAUCGUACUCAGUUUUGAAUUCUUUAUUUCA